AUGGGAAUGUUUCCAGUGAAUGGUGGGUGGUCGAGUUGGUCACCAUGGUCUGGAGCUUGUGAUGUGGAUUGCGUAGCUCUACGCAAUGUGCUUAAAGAAGGGACCGGUACAGAGAUGAUUCCAAAAUUAAGAAGAGUUCGCAUGUGCAACAACCCAGCACCAUUGAACGGUGGCGUCUACUGUUUUGGAGAAGAAGAGGUACAGUCUGUGAUUGCCGCUUCUCCUUCUUCACACCAUCUCGGCUUUCAGGAGUUUCGUUCGUGCAAUCUGACAUGUCGUUUGGAUGGGAGAUGGUCGAAGUGGUCCGAAUGGUCCUCAUGCUCCCCUACAUGCCAUCGCUUUCGAAGGAGGACAUGCACUUCACCGCCUCCGACUAAUGCUGGUCGUCCUUGUGCUGGAAGAGAUUUGGAGACUGUUACAUGCAGCGAAGAGUAA